AUGGAGGCGGAGGUUGGUAAGCUGGAACUUAUGUUCCAGAAAGCUGACUCUGAUCUGGACUACAUUCAGUACAGGCUGGAAUAUGAAAUCAAGACUAAUUAUCCUGAUUCAGCAGGCAAGAAAAAUCCAGUUACACUUUUAAAGGAAUUGUCAGCAAUAAAGUCUCGAUAUCAAACUUUGCAUGUUUGCUUUAAACCAAUUGCUGUGGAGCAGAAAGAGACUAAGAGCCGCAUUUGUGCUACUUUCAAUAAGACUAUGACCUUGAUAAAGAUGCAGAAGGAAACAGACCUGGAGCUGUUACCACUGACUGAAGAAAAGAAAACUGUGGCAGAGCAAUUAAGAGCUCACAUGUCAGACUUAUUAGGAAGAAAUGGACUUGCAAAAAGGAACUCUGAUGGGGAAGAAAUCAAUCCCAGAAAUUUAGGAAGAUGUCUUGUUAACAUUGAUGACUAUUGGUCAGGAGAUGACCGAAAGGAGAUUUGGCUUGGGUGA